AUGAUCUUUUGUCUCAAGACUACGUUAGCAUCAAGGUCCAGUCCCGUAUCCGAGACAGGGUUAUUUCGCUUUUCGGGCUGUCAGAGGAAUGUGUGGGUCCUCGACCUUGACAUAACCCUCAAAUGGUCAUCUCUCUCCAAGUCGAACCUUCGAGCACAAGAAUACUCUGGUGCAAGAUCCCGCGAAGCGAUCGACGAUGCUACAUUGAAAAUUAAUCAGUUCAUCUUGACCCAGUUUCUGGUCCGCUGUGAGAAAAUCUCUAUCGGCAAUCAAUAUUCGGUGUCUUCGGUGGGCACAUCACUAAUUGUGCAGGACGAAGCUUGGUCAGACCAAUCACGAAUGAACGGACUUCUCCGCACGGACCCUGACAUUUCAACUACUUUGCCACCGGUCUUGCAUUGUUCUCCAGUUCCGCCACAUUACCACUUUUCUAUCCUCAUUCUGCGCUGUAUUCUGACUGGAGAAAUCUACGGGCGAAAUUUCUUUUCCGCCACCGAUCAUCCACCAGUCAUGUCGUCGUCUGCUCGUUCCAUCACACAUUGGCGGGAGCUGUUUAUCCACGCAUGGAGUUCCAGAAUGACUGCCGGCGUCCACUCAGUCACAUUCCAGCUAACUCCCGGUGCCAGGAACGAAGACCGAUUUGUCGUGCAAGAAUGGCUCAUCGAUGGCAGACGGUGGAAAUUUCUCGCUGUCUUCGAUGGCCAUGGUGGUGCGCAUAUAGCCGAUUAUGCUGCCGCCAAUCUUCCCCGGCUGAUCAAGGAGGCACCGCGCGAAGUCGUCAAGGACUGCCUACAUCGAUCCCGGGAUACCCUCGUCAGCAAGGUGAAGAAGGUCUUGCGACAACGGAUUGAGGAAUUCGACGAAGAGAUAGGCGAAGCGGUCAAGAAUCUGUGCUCUGACCCCUUCACUUUAAACUACCCGGAAGCAGUGACACUUGUCGACGCUAACAAAGGGAUUCUCCAGCGAGCAUUUUCCGGCUCCAUGCUGGCACUGGCUCUUAUCGAUGAGGAGCAAGAGAACAUGUGGUUAGCUGGACUAGGUGAUUCAACUGUUGUAAUAUCCUGUGAAGAUCCUGAUGGGAUAGGAUAUGAUGAGGGCCUCCUUACCCUUCAUAGCACAUGUACUCCAAAGGAGUAUCUUUCUAUUGCCAUGAUGCAUCCCUCAGAGGAAAAGGAGACCAUAAUGGAAAAUGAGGAUGGCAUUCGGUAUUACAAUGUGAUGCCGCCAUAUGUCCUGAACUCGCCCAGCACCCAUUUCAUCAACCUCACUGAGCUUCAACUGCACAAGUCAACUCUGAUUCUAUAUACCCAUGGUGUCGAUGCUAUUGUGGAUGGUGAAGCUACAGUCGGUCAGAGGGUCAAAAAGCUGAAUGGACCUGAUCCUUCUGUCAUUGUGGGGAGACUCGUUGGCAGCAAGGUUGAUGAUGCCUUUGCUCAAGAGACUCUUGGCCAUAGUGUUGAAGUUGGCUGGAUGGGGCCAGAUGAAAACCAGGCUGUAGAGUUACUAGGGAACUUGGUAGCUGGGACUUCAGCAGAAACAUUUGCUAAGUUUCUUGGGCCUGGAGAUCAUGGGCAAAGGGAUGAUAUGAUGAUUCUUCAGUAUGAACUAGUGUCAAGGACUUAA